AUGGCUUCUGUCAAGGAAUAUGGCCUCCUUUGUCUGGAGAACCCUCUGCUCGACAUCCAAGCCGUCGGCGAUCAGGCCCUGCUAGACAAGUACGGCCUCAAGGCCAAUGACGCCAUCCUCGCCGAGGACAAGCACAUCCCCCUCUACGAGGACCUCCUCAACAACUACGACGCCAAGCUCAUCGCCGGCGGUGCCGCCCAGAACUCGGCCCGCGGCGCCCAGUACAUGCUUCCCCCCAACAGCGUCGUUUACCUCGGCGGCGCCGGCGACGACAAGUACUCAGCCAUCCUGCACGAUGCCGUCAAGGCCGCCGGCCUGCGUGUCGAGUACCGCGUCGACCCCAAGGAGAAGACGGGCCGCUGCGGCGUCGUCAUCACCGGCCAUGACCGAAGCCUGUGCACUGAUCUCGGUGCCGCAAACCACUAUGACCUCGACCACCUGAAGAAGCCCGAGAUCUGGAGCUUGGUCGAGAACGCGAGCGUCUACUACAUUGGCGGCUUCCACUUCACCGUUUGCCCCCCGGCCAUCAUGGAGCUCGCCAAGCAGGCUGCCAAGCACAACAAGCUCUUCGUCCUCUCCCUCUCCGCCCCCUUCAUCCCCCAGUUCUUCAAGGAGGUCGUCGACGCCAGCGCCCCGUACUGGGACUACAUCAUUGGCAACGAGACCGAGAUGGCCGCCUACGCCGAGUCCCACGACCUGCCCUCCAAGGACCUCAAAGACAUUGCCAAGCACCUCGCCAACCUGCCCAAAGAGAACAACAAGCGGAAGCGCACCGCCGUCGUCACCCAGGGCACCGAGCCCACUCUCGUCGCUGUUCAGGGUGAGGACAGCGUCAAGGAGUUCCCCGUCCACGCCAUCGAGCCCGAGAAGAUCAACGACACAAACGGCGCCGGCGACGCCUUUGCCGGUGGCCUCUUGGCCGGCAUCAUGCAAGGACAGCCGCUCGAGAGCUGCAUCGACAUGGGCCAGUGGCUCGCCAGGCUAAGCCUUCAGGAGCUGGGACCCUCAUAUCCCUUCCCAAAGCAAACAUACCAGGCUUCUUCCUGA